AUGUCUAUACCCAAGAAUGCAGUGUGGGUAGUGAGGAAAAUUCUUGAGCUCAGGAAGCUUAUCCUUGAUCUACCUACCAUGCAAGGUGACCUGACUUCAAGACUAAUGAAAUUGCAAAGUAAUGAUGGAAGAUUCAGCAUCAAGAAGUUAUAUCAGAUGCAGUUCCCUCAAAACCAAAAGGUGCACUGGAAGAGCUUAAUCUUACAACCACAUAUAUAUCCUAGACACAAAUUCAACUUAUGGCCAGCUGUACAGGAUAGACUACCUACUGUUGAGAGGCUACAGAAAAUUGGUAUUCAAGUUCCUCAAGCUUGUGUAUUCUGUGGCCUAGCUGACGAAUACUUUGAACACUUAUUCUUUGGUUGUUACUAUACGAAGAAUAUCUUGCAAAGACUACUGAAUUGGCUUAGUUGUCCAAGGCAGAUAAAUACAUGUCAGGAAGGGGUGAAAUGGGUGACAACAUGUGCUAGGAAAAAUAAAGGAUUUGGGACAAUUGUCUCAGCCGUCUUUGGGAUGAUGGUAUAUCUCAUAUGGCGAAAUAUGAAUAAGAUCAGAUUUCAGAGUGGCAGCUCGUUCCUGGAUAGAAUGUAUAGAGAAACUGCAAUCCAUAUACACAUCAGAGGCAACUCAUAUCUCAGCUGGCAGAAGCAUUUGGAGGCAUUGGACUGA